AUGGUUACCUACAUCGAACCCAUAACGGCGGGCAGUGGCAUUCCGCAGGUGAAGAGCUACCUCAAUGGCGUGAAAAUACCACGCAUUGUGCGCAUCAAAACCCUGGCAGUUAAGGCUAUUGGAGUGAUCACCUCGGUCGUCGGCGGCUUGGCUGGCGGCAUGGAGGGGCCAAUGAUACACGCCGGCGCUGUUGUAGCCGCUGGCAUAUCGCAGGGAAAAAGCACCACUUUCGUAAAGGAUUUCCGCGUCUUUAAGGCCUUCAGGGAUGAUCACGAGAAGCGGGACUUUGUCCUGGGAGGCGGUGCUGCUGGAGUUUCGGCCGCCUUUGGCGCCCCCAUUGGCGGCAUGCUGUUCUCGUUGGAAGAAGCAGCCAGCUUCUGGAACCAAAAUCUCAUCUGGCGCACUCUCGUUGCCUCAAUCAUUAGCGUCUUUACUAUGAGCCUUGUUCUGUCCACAUAUCACGGUCUGAACGAUUUUACCUUCACCGGCCUCUUCAGUUUGGGAAAGUUCGAUCAACCCCUGAAAUUCGACUAUUUUGAAUUGCCGAUCUUCAUGCUGUUGGGCAUAACCGGAGGCCUACUAGGGGCCGCCUGGAAUUCGCUGAAUACAAAAAUCAAUGGAUUUAGGAAACGUUACAUUCCCUGGAAGAUUGGCAAGGUGUGCGAAGCCGUUGUGGUGGCUAUGUUCGGCGUUACACUGGCAUGCACGAUGAUUUACUUUAUCAACGAUUGUCGGCCGCUGGGCAACGAUCCAACCAUCCAUCCUGUUCAGCUCUUUUGCGAGGACAAUGAAUACAAUGCAGUGGCCGCACUCUGGUUUCAAACACCCGAGGCCGAUCUCUUUUCCAUGAUCCACUAG